UAAAAUAAAAAAAUCGCUCAAUAUUUAUUUUGAAAACAAGAUAAAUAUUCUAGAAAGGUAUCGAAAAGUUAUAGAAGUUUGUGUUCAGUGAACUUGUGUUUAUUUAUUAGUAUUCACAUCAUGUUAGCAUCCAAGCUUGAAGUUUUAGUUGAUUUUGGUCCAAAAUUGGAUCAAAAUGUACUUGAUAAAACAUUGAAUAUGUUAAAAUCACAAGACGGUAUACAAGAGGCAGUAUUCAAAGAUGGUGCUAUAAUGGUAGAAACAACAUUACCAAGUACACAAAUAUUAAAUAUAGUGACACAAACAUCAGGAAAAAGAGCAGUUUUACAAGGAUUCGGAGAUACCCAAUCAGCAGUAUCCAUGAUAUCCAGUCAGUCAUGCUGUGGUACCAAUGUACUAGGAGUGGUCAGGUUCCAACAGACUCCGGAAGGUUCUUUGAUUGCGGAUGGAUGUAUAGAUGGACUGACACCGGGGUGUCAUGGCUUGCAUGUCCAUGAAGUGGGGGAUUUAAGUCAGGGUUGCAAAUCGAUCGGUGAGCAUUUUAACCCUUUGAGCGCCACACACGGCGCACCAAACGAUCCGGUACACAAACGUCACGCGGGUGAUUUGGGAAACAUUUGCGCGGAUGAAUCAGGUCGCGCUACUUUUAGGAUAGUAGAUAAUGUUCUUAAGGUUUGGGACAUAAUAGGCAGGUCUGUUGCUGUGACUGAACGUAAAGAUGACUUCGGCAGAGGAUCCUCUCCUGAAUCCAGGAUAGAUGGUGACAGCGGGAGUCCUGUAGCGUGCGGUAUAAUCGCCCGAUCAGCAGGGGUGUUCCAAAAUCCCAAACGUAUCUGUGCGUGUGACGGAGUUGUUGUAUGGGAUGAAAAAAAUCGCCCUCUAGCUGGCAAAGGGAGAAGAGAAGAGACCAAAGAGAAGAGAUGUUGCAAGAAGGAGACUCACAAUGAUGUAGUUAAACCUUGUUGUAGAGUUUAAAAAGGGAUUUGGAAAUCAAAUUGCAUAUGGGAUCAUUUUUUUUUGUUAUUAAUUUUAUAAAUUGUUAAUUAAUUGGAAUUAAAUCGAAAAGUACACACAUAAAAGUAACUAUUGUUUUUUUUGGUAACCAAAUAAUUCUAUAUGGCCUAUAAAGCCGAGUCUUGUAAUACGUUGAGGCGGUGUAAAGGUUAAAAUUAAAAACAAAACAAAUCAACAGUCAUAAUAUUUAUUACAUCAAGUGCUUACAUAAUUAUAAACUAUUCACAAUCUGUGCUCGCGCGACACUCGGGUGACAUCGACAGCUGUCAAAGUGACAAGUGUCAACUUGACGUUUAAAAAUUAAAACAUCGCGAUUUAGCCGAAAAUAAAGUGACGAGAUUUUUUUUUUCAUAUAAAAAUAUUUGAAAUAAAAGAAGAUUUUGAAUACUUUAAUGUAAAGAAAUACGAAAUAAACUUCCUUUGAUAUAUUCAAGAUAAUAUAAAUAUUAGAAAGCUGUAUACAUAAAUAAAAGAGAAAGAAAAGUCUAGUCACUUUAUUUUUUCUAUAAAAUAUAUAAAUACAUACAGACCAACAUUUGUACUGUAUAAAAUUCAUUAAAACGACGGCUCCUAUGUAGACUGACAUAAGUCAAUUUUACGAUACACCUUGUUUGAGCUAUUCCCUUCUAAGUGUGUGUCUACCCUAAGUGAGAGUAUGUGAUAGUGAAUGCUGUUCCAGUGCAAGACUUGACACAUAUGUUUGAGUUUGUCAGAU